GGAAGGGCAGCGGCUCCCCGCCGGCGGCGGGCUCCCAUCGGUAUGGCCCUGGCGGACAGCGCCCGCGGGCUGCCCAACGGCGGCGGCGUCUCGCCGGCGGCAGGGAGCGGGACAGCGGGGAGCGGGACGGCGGCGGCGGCGGCGGCGGGCGGCUGGUCGUCCUUCCCGGAGAUCGUGGAGCUGAACGUGGGCGGGCAGGUGUACGUGACGCGGCGCUGCACCGUGGUCUCGGUGCGCGACUCGCUGCUCUGGCGCAUGUUCUCGCAGCAGCAGCCCAGCGAGCUGCCCCGGGACAGCAAGGGCCGCUUCUUCCUCGAUCGCGACGGCUUCCUCUUCCGCUACAUCCUGGACUACCUGCGGGACCUGCAGCUGGUGCUGCCCGAGCACUUCCCCGAGCGCAGCCGCCUCCAGCGGGAGGCCGAGUACUUCCAGCUGCCCGACCUGGCUCGCCGCCUGGCGCAGGCUCGGGCCGCCGCCGCCCGCCCCGCCGCACUGCACCGCGACGGCUCGCUCUGCGCCGACGAGCCGCCGCCGCCGCCGCUCCUGGGCUACCUGGAGGCCGAGCCGCUGGAAGGAGGCGGCGGCGGCGGAGCCUCGGCGUCCGCCCCGUCGCCCACCGCCAGCCGUAGCCCCUCGGGCGGGCCGCUGCUCACGCCCUCGCAGUCGCUGGACGGGACGGGCGGGCGGCGCUCGGGCUACAUCACCAUCGGCUACCGGGGCUCCUACACCAUCGGGCGGGAGGCGCAGGCCGACGCCAAGUUCCGGCGGGUGGCCCGCAUCACCGUCUGCGGCAAGACGGCGCUGGCCAAGGAGGUCUUCGGGGAGACGCUGAACGAGAGCCGCGACCCCGACCGCCCUCCCGAGCGCUACACCGCCCGCUACUACCUCAAGUUCAACUUCCUCGAGCAAGCCUUCGACCGGCUCUCCGAGGCCGGCUUCCGCAUGGCCGCCUGCUCCUCCACCGGCACCUGCGCCUUCGCCCCCGAGCAGGGCGGUCCGGCCGAUGACAAGAUCUGGACCAGCUACACCGAGUAUGUCUUCUGCCGGGACUGAGCAUCCGCCCGGCCCGUGGCGUGGGGAUAAGGCGGCGGCCCCUGCACACCCUCACGCCCACGGUCCCCUCCCGGCC